AUGAAGGGAUCCCGCUUGCUCCUCUGCCUCUUCUCCAUGUCGUGCUGGCUGAAUUUGAAGCCGACAGCUGGGAACAAAAUCUUCCACUUUGGAUCCUGCAGGGUUUCCAUGAGCGUGACUGAGAUUAGGUCUGGUUUCACCGCAAUUAAAGCCAACAUUCAAGCCAGAGACCCCAUCAAGACCCUGAGCAUCUUGUCUUACCCUCACUCUCUGCACAAGGUUAAGUCUUCAGACAGAUGCUGCAUCACCCAUCAACUCUUCGACUUCUACGUGGACAAAGUCUUCAAACACUGCAAGACCGAGGACUCGUAUGUCAACCGAAAAAUCAGCAGCAUAGCCAACUCCUUCCUCAGUGUGAAGAGGAAACUCGGGCAGUGCCAUGAGCAAAAUAAGUGCACGUGUGGACAGGAAUCCACUGAGAAAUUUAAGCAAAUACUUGCGAACUACGAAGGGCUGAAUGUCACAUCUGCAGCCAUUAAAUCCCUGGGUGAGCUGGACAUCCUCCUGGACUGGAUGGAGAAAUCUCAUUAG